AUGAGAACUAAUUGUGCUGUUCGCAUGAGAAUAAUUCUUUUGAAAACUGAAAAAUACGAAUGCCAAGAUUUUGUUGAGGAGCAUAAUCAUGAGCUUCAUGUAGCAUCUACCACCCACAUGAUGCGGUCACAACGGAUCAUUUCAGAUGUACAUGCCUCUGAAAUUGAGUUGGCUGAUAAUUCUGGAAUUAGACCUAAGCCCUUUUUUGAGUUCAUGGGCAACCAGGCAGGUGGGAGACAGAUCCUUGGUUAUACCCAAGUCGAUCAUUACAAUUAUCUCCGUACUAAACAUCAGCGUGACUUAAAGUAUGAUGAAUCGGGGAGUUUGCUACGAGGAGUUGUUAUAUUUGGGGCAACUCUUUUAUAUGAUGAGACAGCUGAAUCAUUCAAAUGGUUGUUUGAGACUUUCUUGGAAAGUCAUGGAAAAAAAAAGCAUAUAACAAUUUUUACAGAUCAAGAUGCUGCAAUGGAAAAUGCAAUUUCAAAAGUGUUUCUUGAAACAUGUCAUGGUCUGUGUACUUGGCAUUUGAUGCAGAAUGGGAUUAAGCAUCUAGGUAACUUAAUGAAGGUUGAAAAUGGUUCAUGGUUGGAUCGUAUUUAUGGGCUUAACCAUAAGUGGACCAGAUGUUAUAUGAAGAAUACAUUUACAGGAGUGAAUGAUAAGCGUGCUAAUGAAUUGAAGGCUGAGUUUGUUCAAGAAAUAAGCUGCCAAAGAACGCUUGGUAUGUGCUACAUAAAAGAGAAAGAUGAGAGUAAUACUGUCCAAAAGUAUGUUGUUGGUGUUCUUAAUUCAGCUGGGGUGGGAUAUAAAGUUGAGUGUAAUCCAUCUGAGUUUAUAUUUGAAUGUAGCUGUAAGAAAUUUGAGUCAUUUGGCAUCCUAUGUUGUCACAUUAUGAAGAUUAUGGAAAGAUUAGAUAUCAAGGUUAUUCUUGAAGCAUACAUUUUGAAUAGAUGGACACGUGGGGCAAGAAAAAUGAUAGUGGCACAUAUCAAUGGAAAAGAAGUUGAGGAAGAUGUUAAUUUGGAUUUUACAUAG